GGCAGUUGGAAGUUGUGUAUUCAGUAUGCUUGUUGACAUUUGUUUGUCUAACUAUUGGUAUAUUUUUGUGUGUGACCGUUGGUGCACCUGUUUAUUUUCGAUUUAGCUGUAUUUGUUUGUCCUUUCUGUUUUCUGACUGUUACCACAUAGUUGGGUUUGUUUUUUUCUUCAUUUUUCUCACUACUCCCUGGCUGUUGUUACAUGUCGUGUAGGUCCUUGCUUUUUAAAAAUCUAUUGUUACAUUAAUUGUUUAUUCAUGCUACCCUGAACUGUUGCCACAAUUCAUUUUCCUUGCUACUCAAUAACCGUUGCUUCAUUUAUGUACCUUAUUGUUGUUAAAUUUGUUUGUCUGACUGAUUUUACAUUAAUUGUUUAUUCAUGCCACCCCUUGCCCUUGCUAACCUGCGCCUGUGGUGUAGUGGCUAUGCGCUUUGCUGGUGCAUGCAGGAGACCAAAGUUCAAUUCUCGAGUGGGGAAAAUUUGAAAGAGUAUCUCUGUUUUUCUGCAUGGAUGUUGUAUCCUUUUCAGCCCAGGAUGGCUUUGACUGGCAGGGUCGUAAGCUCCCUUUCUAAAUGAUCUGAAUUGUGUCCAUGUGGCCGCAAAAAAACUGCACUUGAUAAUAAUUAAUAAUCGUUACAAACACUUGUUUUUUGUCCAUGCUAUUCCCUAACCGUUGCUACGUGUGUGUGUGUCCGGCAGGCAGAGGCUGUCCAGCACUCCCGUUUGUGCCCCAGCUGACGAUGGUCAAGAAGUUACGGGGUGGCCUGGUCAAGUUCUUCUGUGGGUCUGGACUCAGGCUGGUAGGAGCAGAAGAAAUCUACUGUGAUGGAACCAACUGGAAUCUCCCACCGCCAACGUGUAUAGGCGUAGAGACCACAACGGUGGCAAUCCCAACAACAACGACGUCAUCAGCAACACCAACCGAGGACGUCGACGACUUUACUUAUGUCCACACACCCAAGAGCUCCUCUGCCACCAUCACUCCAACCUCAGAAACCACCCCAAACACAACAGCAACAACAACAACAACAACAACCGCCACCACGAGAAGACAAACAUUCACAGCACAAUCAUCCGUGACAACAACAUCCACAACCACUCCCACGACAACGAGCUCUCCCCCCAAAACAGAAACAACAACACCACCAACAACACAAACAACAAAACCUACAACAACACCAACAACACCAACAAUACCAACAACAACAACACCAACAACAACAUCAACAUCAACAACAACACCAACAUCAACAACAACACCAACAUCAUCAACAACAACAACAACAACAACAACAACAACAACAACAUCAUCAUCAUCAUCAUCAACAACAACAGCACGUGGAGAUGCCGAGGAUGUGAUCAAGGAUGUUGGUGCCUAUGUGACAUUUUUCACUGAUGGAUCGGCUUUCGCAGAAUACGACGAAGUGGAGCAGCAGCAGUGGUGA